AUGGCCGACGAUAUCAAGAAGGAUUCUUCGCUCGACAUAGAGACCCAUACCCUCGAGAACGAUGACCACCAGCUCGAGGUGGUUAAAACCAAGGUCAGCGUCAGCGGUACGGUACAGCUGACAGCGGGCAAGACGGUCUAUAUCCCAGCUCCCACCGCUGAUCCUCGCGACCCUCUCAACCUGCCCAUGUGGCAGAAGGUCGUUGUCGUGGUCAUCCUGUCAUUCUUCUCCGUGACUGGUCUCGGAAUCGUCAGUGGUUUUGGAGGCCUGCUUGGAUUUUACAUCCCUGAGUACGCUUCCAUCGGCAAAGGCUACAAGGAAAUCAGCUACAUGCUCAGUCUUCCCAACCUGACUAUGGGCAUCGGGAACCUGAUUGGCAUGCCUCUUGCUGUCGCUGUUGGUCGGCGUAGCGUGUUUUUGGGUGCUACCGCCAUCAUGUGUAUCUCGAUCGCCCUUUGCGCCAGUGCUGGAACGUCAGGCAGCCAUUACAACUUGCACCUUGGCGCGCGACUGCUGCUUGGUCUCUCGGCUGGUCAGAGCGAAGCGCUGGUUCCGAUGAUCACCCAAGAGAUCGUGUUCUUGCACGAACGAGCACGCUUCCUGAUGAUCCAGCAGACCAUCCAGGUGAUCGCUUGUGCGAUCUUUAUCCUCUUUGCUUCGCCCAUUGCAGGCGCUAUCGGAGCCCAGUGGUGGUACGGCAUUGGCUGCAUCAUGAGUGGCGUCUGUUUCCUUGCUGCCUUCUUCCUCCUGCCCGAGACCAAGUACUACCGACCGCAGGCCGACUUCCAGGAGAGCGCAGAUGGCAAGACUGACGAGACGUUCCGCAUUCACACCGAACGACCUGCCUUGGACUAUGACACGUACGAGGCACGAACAUUCCGCUCCGACAUGCGCCUGUGGGUGGGCAAACCCGAAUGGGGCAAGGCUUGGACCGUCUUCAAGGACGCAUGGACCAUGAUCCUCUUCCCCAACGUGUUCUGGGCGCUGCUCAUCAACGGUGUCACUUUGGGCUGCAACAUUGCCAUCUCGAUGACGUACGGAAAGAUUGUCCAGGGAGCGCCGUACAAUUGGUCCGACGAUUCCGUCAGCUACUGCAACACUGGGCAGAUUGUCACUUCGAUCGUGGCGCUGCCCGUGUUUGGCUACGGCAGCGACUGGAUCAUCAAGAAGUUCGCCAACCGCCGUGGUGGCAUCCAUGAGCCAGAGACUCGUCUUAUCCCUCUUGUGCUACCCAUGAUCAUCGGCAUCAUCACCGUUAUUCUCUACGGUCAAGGGGCAACUCACCCGGAGCAGUACCACUGGUUCCUCUACGUUUGGGUGAUUGCCGCCUAUUACUUUUGUUUUGUGGGCGCCAACAUUGUGACCAUCACCUACCUGCUCGACUCGUAUCCUCAACGCGCAAGUUCGCUGCUCGUCAUCAUCUGCGCUCACCGUGGCAUCAUGUCGUUUGGCGUCAGCUACCGUGUUUGGGACAUGAUCGAUGCUAUGGGCUACGACGGCGCAUUCAAUAUGUUCGGCGGUCUUACGGCGCUCGUUGGAGUCAUGGCGAUCGGCGUUUACAUCUUUGGCAAACGCAUUCGUACUUUCACUUCUCGCUGGGCUACUGUCGGCGACAAGAGCGCGUGA